ACGGUCAUAGUCUCUCCUCAUACCCAUGGUCUCCUCCUCUCCUCCCCCACGUCAUCUCCUCAUCCCCAUGGUCUCCUCCCCACGUUCUCUCCUCAUCACCAUGGUCUCCUCCUUCCCUCCCCACAGAAAAGAAAUCUAUAUUUGUCAAAUUGUAUAGCAAGCAAAUUAGGGAAUUGAUCUGGUGCGCUCACGCCAUGGAAUCUCUCACCUUUUCCCAGGGGAAAAGAAACCAAAUCUCUCUCAAAUCGGAGCGGCCAAGUUGGGAUAUAGAUCGGGUUCGUCAUCGAUUUCUUUUGAUUUUUUCCCUGAUGUAAAACGUGAAUCGACCUUAUCUUUGCAACUGUAUUAGGAUUAUUAAUGAUUUUCUCACGUAUGCUCUCUGGACACUUCCUUGAUUUUCUCACGUACCCUCUCUGGACACUUUGUGGAGAUUGCAACGGAGCUCAACCAAGCCCAUACCGGUAGCUUAUAUAUUAACUGCAGCCUAACAGAAACAGUCUCAACAUCAAGGAGUCUCCUGUCGGCUGUGAACAUCGUCGCUGGUGAACCUUCUCAUGUUUGGUCAACUUCUUCCCUGUUCCUUCAAAACGAUGGCAUACGAUAUGCUCCAUGAUAUUAGCAAAGAAAAGGAUUCUUGGUAAGUCAAGGUCAGAAUAAUUAGGCUAUGGGAUGCCAUUAACCUCAACAACAAUGAACUUAUUAGCCUUGACAUGAUACUACUUGAUGAAGAGGGCACUAUGAUACAUGGCAAGGUAAUGAAACAUAUGGUUAACAAGUUCAAACCAUUGAUCCAAGAAGGUUCAGUCUACACGAUUGCAAAUUUUAAGGUUACAUCUGCAAUGAAUUUCCGUCCAGUUGAAAGUGAAAAGAUUUUAAAUUUCUUGCACACAACAAAAAUUCAAGAGAUAAAAGGUCUAAAAAAUAUCAGAAUAGAAGAACAAAGCUUCACAUUUUGUAGUAUUGAAGUUCUUUCCGCAAGAGACGACCAGAAGAUUUACUUAUCUGAUGUCAUCGGCGUAGCAAGUUACAUAGGGCAUAUUGAAGAAACACAGACAACCCAUGGGAUUUCAAAGAUUCGAGAUAUUGUGCUUUGAAUUGAG